GGGUACGGAGGCCGUAAUGAGACCGCGGAGUCCGCCUGCUACGGAGUAAAGCUGCUGCCCCGUCAGCCCCCUUUUCGCGACGCGGCUCGCUGCUUCCGCGUCGGCCGCGAAGGGAUGGGGACUCGGACUCGGAGUCUCCGCGGGGACUCCCGGCCAUGAAAGGCAGGGACUCGGCAGGGAGCUCAGCACCUGCCGCUGCACGGGGACCGCUUGGCGGGCGGGCUCCGCCUAGCUCACUGCUAUGGACAGUGCGAUCACCUUGUGGCAGUUCCUUUUACAACUCCUCCAGGAGCCUCGGAACAAGGAUAUCAUCUGCUGGACCUCCAAUGACGGAGAGUUCAAGCUACUGCAGGCGGAAGAGGUGGCCCGCCUUUGGGGGAUCCGUAAAAACAAGCCCAGUAUGAACUACGACAAACUCAGUCGUGCUCUCAGAUAUUACUAUGUGAAGAACAUCAUCAAAAAAGUGAAUGGCCAGAAGUUUGUUUACAAGUUUGUGUCUUACCCGGAGAUUUUGAAUAUGGACCCCUUAGCGGUUGGCAGGAUUGAGGGUGAUGCCGAGUCUCAGACGGGCUCGUUAGACGUUAGCAAUGCUGCAAAGGACGUGGAGAAUUGUGGGAAAGAGAAGCCUCAGCCCUGUGCAAAGUCCUCCAGCCGCAAUGAUUAUAUCCACUCAGGCCUAUAUUCUUCAUUCACUUUGAACUCCCUGAACUCUUCCUCUUGUGUAAAACUCUUUAAGCCAAUCAAAAUGGAGAACCCGACUGAGAAACCGUUGGAGAAAAAAGGUGCUCAGGAUCCGACACCGUCGGUCAUAAAAUUUGUGACCGUAUCCUCAAAAAAGCUUUCAAUCUCUCCCCUCGCCUCUACUGCUCAGCCGCCCUCUACUCUGUCAGCUGCCUCCACUCUCCCUUCUGGCUCAGAUGAGAGUCUGCAGGCUUUGGAGUCCCUGGUAACACCGAAAGCGUCUCCCACUGAGACGUCCACAUCCUUGCUGAGCUUGACCACCAAUUUUGCCCCUACGCCUCCUGCAGCCUCCGUUUCUCCUCCUCUCCAGGUUCCUCCCAGGUCUCCUUUGCCACCUUCAAGUUCUGACCUGGCUAUAGACACAGAUCCUGAGCCUGUGUCGUGCCAGCAGCUGGACCAUUCUCAGAACCAAGCCUUGGAGUUCAAAGAGCAGGGUUCCUCCAUGCUAGAAAAGGAGUUUCGUCAUAGCCGAACUAGAAAGCCUAAAGGGCUGGAAAUUGCUCCCACUCUGCUCAUUACUGGCAGUGACCCAAGUCCGCUGGGGAUACUAAGCCCUUCUCUCCCGACUGCUUCUCUUACACCAGCAUUUUUUUCACAGACGCCUAUUUUGCUGACCCCAAGCCCCUUGCUCUCCAGUAUCCAUUUCUGGAGCACUCUCAGUCCAGUUGCCCCUCUCAGCCCGGCAAGAUUGCAAGGUGCUAACACCCUUUUCCAGUUUCCAUCGGUGCUGAAUACUCAUGGACCAUUUACGAUAUCCGGAAUGGACGGGCUCUCCACUCCUGGGCCUUUCUCCCCAGAUUUGCAGAAGACAUAGGGCAUGGCCUUCUAGGAAAAGGACAGGUGGGAAUCAAGAUAAAGAGGUUUCAUCGAAAUGAUGAAAUCUGGUUUGCAAUAUGGGGUUUGCAAUUCCACAGAGACAAUAUGAACAGGCUUGGGUUUUUUUUUUUUGCUAUUCCCAGUUUAAAUGCCUUUUCAAAAAUUCCUUUCAAGACGUAAGGGAAUUGUUAUGGAAACGCCUUAAUUGGAGACUGUCCUCCAAGAUCACUUUUCUCACCUGGUUCUUCUGAUUUAAAAAGGCUUCUCUUGGUAAAGGGAUCUCCUUUGGUUUUUGAUUUUUCUUGAGGGGGGUGGAAUGCAAUGAUUGACUCUGCAGCAGCUGAUACCAGUCACAACUUUCCUUUUUGACUGGUAACCUUUUGCCCCUUUGCUUCUUGUGUAACCUAUCAAAAUAUUAAUCGCUAUUGGAAGCUGGCAUUCCAAGAAAUACUUGGAAAAGGUUUUUUUUUUUAAAGGCUUACUUUAGGGUUUAUAAUUUCUCUAUUAGUAAUGCAGGAAUGCUGUACGAAAAUAUAUUAUCUCUUUGUAAGAGGAAACUUUUCAGGAGCAUUUUAUGGUGAUAUAGAAGAACUGGGCAAAUUUUUAAGGGUGUUGCCUGUAAAUAGAGAAGAUCUAGCUGUGUAUCCUUUAGCCAAAAUUGUUGAUUCAUCUCCAGAGAAAUGCAUAGCACAUGGAAUGAAUGAAUCGUUUUGGUCUUUAGAAAUAUUUGGAUGUUUUACGUCUGGUAUUGCUUGGUAGGUUUAAAAAACAAAACCCUGAUAUUUAAAGAAGCAAACCAUUCUAAUUGCAGAUCCUGGCAACUGAUGUUUUGUGGCAUUUGGGUAACCAUAUAUCUGAUAUGCUGUGUGUGGUGUUGUCUUGAUGCUUGAUAAGGUUGUAUGUAGAUCUGACAUUUGGGCAGUGAAUGUUUGCUUGUAUUCUAUUAUUUUAUUCUCCCCUGUCCCCUUUCAACAAGUAAGGUAUCCAAAGAACAGUCAGUGCUGCUCUUGGCCCCUGAUACCUCUGGGUGAUCCACUUUUCUUUUUGGCCACGCUCUCACUUGGAUUUAAGGUUUGAGCAUGUUGAUGCUCCUAAAAGUAGAAAUAAUGUGUGGUUAUUUGAAAGUGUUCCUGUUGAUGAGGAGGGUGUGAGUGGGAAAGGUCAAGUUGGUGUGGGCUGCUUUCAGACUGCACUUAAUCUUGUGGCAAGGGAGUGGUUAAACCAUACUUGAACUGUUCUUGGAUGUCUCCACUAUGAGGAUAGUUUAGAUGUAAUUUGGUGGUCAUGUUAUGCCGGCUUCCUGAUGUGGCGGUCUGGCUUAUAUGACUGGAAAUUGAAAGUAUGACGGGAACCUGGAUAGAUGUUUACAGCGUUAGUUGUUAUCUCCGUAGAAAAAAAGAUGCAUUGAGAGGCAUAGUAUUUCUGCAUAAGUGCUACCCUUAUCUUCUAGAUUUGGCCCAAAGUCCCGAAAGUACCACAAGACCUGUAGCGUCACAUAGCUAUUUGAUGGAAAGGUAAGAUAAAUACCAGGGGUGGUGUUUGGAAGGGUUUUUCUUUUUUCUUUUUCUUUUUAAUUGGG